AUGGAAAAAGUAUCAUCAAAUUUGAGAAGGGUGAAGACCAAGUUCACAACCAAAGAGGGUUUGAUUGGGGACUACAACUAUUCCCAAUUAUUCAUCCCUAAGAUCCCAAUCUAUUCAGACUGGAAGCAAAGAAAAUCGGGCCAGAUGAUCUCUACCCAACCUUUCUUUGGUUUAAAUGACAGUAUGCCUGUUCUGUUAGGAGCAAUCUUGGGUUUACAACACGCUCUGGCCAUGUUAGCUGGUAUCAUGACUCCUCCCAUCAUUAUAUCUGGUGUCGCCAAUUUUGACGUUGACACCACCCAGUACUUGGUUUCUGCCUCUUUGAUCAUCUCGGGUCUUCUUUCCAUGAUCCAAAUUACCCGUUUCCACUUCUACAAGACUCCUUACUACCUCGGUACGGGUCUGAUUUCCAUGGUGGGUACCUCCUUUGCAACUAUUACGAUCGUCACCAAGGCUAUCCCAAUGAUGUAUGUGAACGGUCAAUGUCCCACUGCUGAGGACGGCACAUUACUACCUUGUCCCGAUGGAUACGGAUCUCUGUUGGGAACUGCUGCUUGUUGCUCUCUGCUGGAAAUCACCCUUUCAUUCAUGCCUCCAAAAGUUCUGCAACGGGUUUUCCCACCUUUGGUCACAGGUCCUGUCGUUUUGCUUAUUGGUACCCACUUAGUUGAGUCUGGUAUGAUGAACUUGGUUGGUGGUUGUGGUGAAGGAAACGUCUGUGUUGUUGGUAGUCAUUCGGCUCCAUGGGGUUCUGCUCAGUUUAUUGGUCUUGGUUUCCUUGUCUACGUCACUAUUGUCAUUUGUGAAAAAUGGGGUUCUCCUAUUAUGAAGUCAUGUGCCGUUAUUAUGGGUCUGUUGAUGGGUUGUAUCGUUGCUGCUGCCACUGGUUACUUCAGUCACGCUGGUAUUGACGCUGCCCCCGCUGUCACUUUCCCAUGGGUGAAAACUUUCAAACUCACUGUUUAUGGCCCUGCAGUGCUACCAAUGUUAGCUGUUUUCGUGGUUUUAAUGAUGGAGGCUAUUGGUGAUAUUACUGCAACUUGUGAGGUCUCCAGAACCAACGUCGAAGGUAAGGAGUACGAGUCUAGAAUUCAAGGUGGUGUCCUUGCUGAUGGUCUCAACGGUUGUCUAGCUGCCUUGAUGACUAUGACUCCUGUCUCUACAUUUUCUCAGAACAACGGUGUUAUUUCUAUCACCAAAUGUGCCUCAAGAACUGUUGGUUACUGGUGUUGUUUUUUCUUAAUUAUUAUGGGUAUCUUUGCCAAGUUUGCUGCAGCAUUGGUCGCCAUUCCAAGACCAGUCUUAGGUGGUAUGACUACAUUCCUGUUCACAAGUGUGGCCGUAUCUGGUAUCAAGAUUAUCGCUACUACUCCCUUCACCAGACGUGACAGAUUUGUGUUAACUGCAUCUUUGAUGUUCGGUAUUGCUGCUGUAUUGAUUCCAGACUGGUUCUCCUAUGUCUUUACAUAUGACGGUGACAACGGUGGUCUGCAAGGAUUCUUUGAUGCCAUUGUCUUGGUCAUGGAAACUGGUUUUGCUGUGACCGGAUUCCUGGGUGUCAUUCUUAACUUAUUCCUACCACAAGAGCUGGACGACAACAUGACUGCUGACAUGGACGUUUACGAGCAACAGAUUGUCACCGACGAUGUUGCUGUGUCCAGUUCAUCUGAAGACAACAAGUCCGCCGAUAGAGGCGACGUCAAGCUUAACACAUUCAAAGCCGAAGCAUAA